AUGGAUCUAGAAGAUUUCAUUGGAUCUUUAAAAGCUCAUGAAGCAAUACUUCAAGAAAAGAAACCAGCAAAUAACAAAAUGAUUGCUCUAGAAUCACAAGUAAAAGAGAACCUUAAAAGAGAAAUAACAUGUGAUGAAGAGAAUCCCCUUCAACAAGAUGAUGAGGAAGAAAUGGCUUUUCUCUCAAGAAGAAUCCAAAGGCUGAUGAUGAGAAGAAAUCAAAUCAAAAAUUCAUUUCCACCAAGAAGAAAUGAAACUGAUUUAAGCCAAGUAAAGUGUUACGGAUGCAAUCAAACUGGACAUUACAAAAAUGAAUGUCCAAAGCUGAAGCAAAGAAAACCUCCCUACAACAAAUCCAUGAUGGCUACAUGGGACGAUCUAGAAGAAUUACCAGAAGAAGAAGAAGCAAAUGUCUGCCUAAUGACCAGAACCAACUUUGAUGAGGUAAAUCUUGAACCUUGUUCAUCAUGCAUGAAAACUGAACAACUAUUUGAUAAUCUCUUGUAUGAUUCACAAAUUACUGCUCAAAAGUAUGAUCAACUUAAAAAUGAACUCACUGAAAUUAUUAAAGAAAGAGAUGAGUAUAAAUUUGAACUUACUAAAGUCAUCAAAGAAAAAGAUGAGUAUGAAACUAAAAAUAAAACCUUAAAAGACACUUUAAAAAGAGUUCAAAAUGAUCUAGAUAAAGUAGCUAAGUUAAGUAAAGAAGAAAUUAUUGUUCAACAAGAAAACUUAGGACUAAAACAGAAUAUUUCACUUUUAGAAAAAGACAUAGCCAAAUAUGUAAAAGCAACUGAAACCUUUGAAAACAUCCUAGGUGUUCAACAAAGAGAAUGUAUGCUAGCAGUCAAGAAAAAGCCAUGGUACUUGGACAGUGGCUGCUCGAGGCACAUGACUGGAGACAGACACAGCUUCCUUUCCCUUGAAGAAAAGGAAGGAGGAACCGUUACCUUUGGAAAUAAUGAAAAAGCUAGUAUCAAAGGUAAAGGUAUAAUAGGUAAAAUUAAUUCUGCUAAAUUAGAAAAUGUUCAUUAUGUAGAGGGUCUAGAACAUAACUUAAUAAGUAUUAGUCAACUAUGUGAUAAUGGUCUUGAAGUUAUUUUUAAAACUCAUACAUGCGAAAUUAAACAAAUAUCUUCUGGAAAAACUCUUUUUAAUGGAUCAAGAAAAAAGAAUGUAUAUGUCAUAUAUCUAGAUGAACUGCCUGUUGAGUCAUGUUUUGUAUCUCUUGAAAAGGAUAAAUGGAUUUGGCACAAAAGAGCAGGACAUGUAAAUAUGAGAACAAUUGCAAAACUUUCUCAACUUGAUCUAGUAAGAGGAUUACCAAAGAUAAGUUUUGACAAAGAUAAACUAUGUGAAAGUUGUACAAAGGGAAAACAAACCAAAAGUAGUUUUAAACCUAAAGAUUUUAUUUCAACUAAAAGACCUCUUGAAUUACUUCACAUAGAUUUGUUUGGACCUAUCAAAACUACUAGUCUAGGUGGCAAAAACUAUGGUUUUGUUAUUGUUGAUGACUACUCUAGAUACACAUGGGUUCAAAAUGAAAGAGGUUCAAAUAUCAUCUCCAUAAGAAGUGAUCAUGGUGGAGAAUUUGAAAACUCCCACUUUGAAUCAUUCUUUGAUGAAAAUGGAAAAUUUGACUCUAAGUCUGAUAAAGGAAUCUUUUUAGGAUACUCUUUAACAUCUAAAGCAUAUAGAGUUUAUAAUCUAACAUCAAAAUCUUUGGAAGAAAGCAUGCAUGUAAAAUUUGAUGAAUAUGAUGAUAUAUCAUGUGUAAGAGAAAUAGAUGAUGAAGAUGAGCAAAACUCAUCAAAAGAACAGGUUGCAGAACAGGAAUCACCACCUCAAGAACCUCCUAAAACGUGGAAGAUUGUAAACAAUCAUCCUCAAGAACAAAUAAUAGGCGAUACUGCAGAAGGAGUAAGAACCAGAAGAUCAUUUCAACUUAAUGAGAACAAUCUAGCUAUGAUCUCUCAAAUUGAGCCAAAAUCCAUAGAUGAAGCUAUCAUUGAUGAAUCAUGGAAAAUUGCUAUGAAAGAAGAACUUUCACAAUUUGAAAAGAAUGAAGUAUGGAAACUAGUACCAGCUCCUGCAGAUCAUUCUAUCAUUGGAACUAGAUGGGUCUUCAGAAAUAAAAUGGAUGAAAAUGGUAAGGUAAUUCGCAACAAAGCAAGACUUGUUGCUCAAGGUUAUAAUCAACAAGAAGGUAUAGAUUAUGAUGAGACUUUUGCACCAGUAGCAAGGUUAGAAGCAAUUAGAAUAUUACUUGCAUAUGCAUCUCAUAAGUGUCUUAAACUUUUUCAAAUGGAUGUGAAAAGUGCAUUUUUAAAUGGAUUUUUAAAUGAAGAGGUUUAUGUCCAUCAACCUCCUGGUUUUAAAGAUGAACACAAACCUAAUCAUGUUUUUAAACUUACCAAAGCUUUAUAUGGACUUAAACAAGCCCCAAGAGCAUGGUAUGAUAGAUUAAGCUCAUUUUUAAUUGAAAAUGGUUUUUCUAGAGGAAAAAUUGAUACAACACUUUUUAGAAAAACAAAUGAAAAUGAUUUAUUAAUUGUGCAAGUAUAUGUUGAUGAUAUUAUAUUUGGUGCUACUAACGAAAAAAUGUGCGAGGAUUUUUCAAACCUUAUGCAAAGUGAAUUUGAAAUGAGCAUGAUGGGAGAACUCAGUUUCUUUCUUGGCUUGCAAAUCAAGCAACAAGAUGAUGGAAUCUUUAUUAGUCAAGAAAAAUAUAUCAAAGAUCUUCUCAAGAAGUACAACAUGAAUGAAGCAAAGAUCAUGACUACUCCAAUGCAUCCAUCAACAAAUUUAGACAAAGAUGAAAGUGGUAAAACUGUGUCUGAAAAAGAAUAUAGAGGAAUGAUUGGAUCACUUCUAUAUUUAACUGCAAGUAGACCAGACAUUGUAUUCUCAGUUGGUCUUUGUGCAAGAUUUCAAACAUCUCCAAGGGAAUCUCACCUUACAGCAGUCAAAAGGAUUUUUAGAUAUUUGGUGGGAACACCAGAUGUUGGUCUAUGGUACAAAAAGGGAUCUCAUUUUGACCUAAAAGCCUAUUGUGAUGCUGACUAUGCUGGUGACAAGCUUGAAAGAAAAAGCACAAGUGGUGCUUGUCAAUUUCUUGGUGAAGCUCUUGUAAGUUGGUGCUGUAGGAAGCAAAACACCAUAGCACUCUCAACAACUGAAGCAGAAUAUGUAUCAGCUGCAAAUUGUUGUUCACAAGUGAUAUGGAUCAAAAACCAACUUGAGGACUUUUCCCUAAGGUACACAAAUAUUAAAAUUCUUUGUGAUAAUACUAGUGCCAUUAAUUUAUCAAAGAAUCCCAUUCAGCAUUCUAGAUCUAAACAUAUUGAAAUUAAACAUCAUUUCAUACGUGACCAUGUUUGCAAAAAAGAUGUUGAAUUAAUAUUUGUUGAUACU